CCAAACUCAAGACGUAGUUUCUCACAAAGAACUUUUCUCCCAACAAAUAAUAAAUGAAAGGGCAAAUCAUUUAGUGACGAUUCAGUUGACGACAGAAGCAAGUACAAGACGAUAGUAGGGUCCUGUCAAUGUUUUUUUUUAAUUUUUCCCCAGCUGUGCUUGUGGCCGUUGUCUUUAGUUUGAUUAAGAAGAGGACAGCAGCCAUGUCUCGGUAACCACAACCUUACAUCGCGCUUGAAUGACUAGUAGGGAGGCUGAGCCUUAGGGAAACAGCUUACAUCUAGUGGUCUGUAUUUCUCUCAAGCCCCUCCCAGACACCCUAGCCCUGCCCCAACACUUGGUUCUCUUCAAGUGGUACAAGCUUUACCCGCGACAGCUAUUGGCCCUCUCUCCCUCUCUCUUUCACUCUUGAAAACAGUAUGCACGCACAAGCGCACACACACACACACACACGCACAGGCGCCACGCAGAUAUGACUAACUCCCUUAAGGCAUUCAAACUCCCGGCUCCAGUGAGCAGGAAAUGACGAAGAACACUGGCCAGCCCCGACUCCAGGAACUGUUGCUAGACCCACUGCUUGCACCACGCACUGAGGUGAAAUGGUGAUCUGCUGAUCCAACCAACAGCAAAGGAAAUAAAGACUGACUGAGGUUCCAAGAUUUUUCAAGAAGACAGUGAAGAGCAGUGUCACAAUGUUAAUAUCUCGGAACAAGAAGUCUUCAUUUCUAAUCAAGGACAUUUUAUCGCCUGGCAACGCGGCAGAAGACAAGCUAGACCUUUCUAAACACAGAAAGCGCCCUUCUCAGCCCCAGAACAGCAGCAAAGGCAGACAGGAGCAGUGCAGUCAUCAAAACUCCGGUAACACCAGCAGCAAAGACAGUCAAGAUCAGUACACUCAUCAAACCAACAGCAGCAGCAAUCGUCGUCAAAGUUACCAUCACCAUCCCCAUCCACCAGACCCUCUUCUUCAUCACUAUAGUAGUAAUCAUGUCCCAGACCAUCAGCGCGGUGGUUUUCGUUGCCAUGACGACCACGUUCCCCCAUGUUCAUCUGUGGCGUUGCCAGCGCCCUCCCAUCCCAAGGUAAAGAUGAUGACAUCAAUGACGUCACCACCCCACCGCAUUCCCAGAGUAUGCAGCAUAACCCCCAGUCACAGCAACUGUCAACAUCGCCGACCUCAUCCUCGUCUUCAUCGUCAUCACCAAAUCCAACGUCGUCACGAGGUGGCGUGGCAAGGAUGUCCUUUCCUUUCUUUCCGUGUCCUCCGUCGGCGAGUCUCGGCCCCUACCUGCCACCUGCCGGCCACUACCUUCCACCUUUCACCGGCGUCAGGGCAGCCCCUUUCUUCCUCCACAAGGCCUGCUACCCGCUGGACACGACUGACCAUCACCGAGAAACCAGCUUCCCUGUGCCCAUCCCUCUGCCUGUCUACAUACGGACAAGGUCGCCAUCUUGCUCGGACAACUUCCUGAAACCUAAAAAGUGUCGCAGGAGUCGCACAGUCUUCACGGAACUGCAGCUCAUGGGGCUAGAGAAAAGGUUUGAACUCCAAAAGUACUUGUCUACCCCGGACAGACUAGAACUGGCCGAAUCCCUCGGUCUGUCGCAAAUACAGGUGAAGACGUGGUAUCAAAACCGCAGGAUGAAGUGGAAGAAACAAGUAAUGCUGAAAGGCGGAUGUGAACCUCCGACAAAACCAAAGGGCAGACCAAAGAAAACACCACAAGAGGACUCGGAGGAGCUGCCUGCGUCCUCUGCAAAGCGGGAUACAGAUGAAAAUCCAGAGACAUAUGCUGACUGUGCCGAGGGUGUUACUUCACACUUGUUAGAGACACCAGGACUGACUGGUGCAAACUCACAUACAUCGGAUCAAAACAUCAUCUCCGACGACACAUGAAAGAAAAAGGAAGGUCGCCAACAUAUGUGAAGUUCUGUGUGAUUUCAGUGAAAGAAAACAAAGAACUUCAUCUUGACUGUGUCAAAACACACUGACAGAAUAAUGUUGAUCUUAGCCGUCGUUCUUUUGCAUUUUAAUGUGACUUUCAGGAUGUUCUAGUCCUCAUAAUAUUAUCAUAUACCGUGUGUAAGAAAAGUAAUUGCCGAUUUUCUCUCUUUUUUAUUAUUAUUAUAUUCGUUCUUUAGUGGUUUUAUCGCUUAAUUUAUUUUGAUAGUUUAUCAGGAAGAGUUUAAGCUGCAUUGUCUAGCAAUUACAGUGAGCCUGGCCACUGAUGACUAGUAUUGGCUGCUGUAAAACACGUGGGACGUGAGAGCUACUUUCUUUUUAGAGAUUAUUUGUUCAUUUUAGUGAUUAUUUGU